AAAUAAUAUCAGGUUUGUUGGAUUCAAGUUCAGUUGGGUAUUCAACUCUACCCCGCCAUAGACGCGCACUCGACGCGUGUCGGAGCGAACGUUCUCGGACUUGACGGGGGCUUCUGAUACCGCUUCAGUUGCAGCGAUGUAGUUUUGGGGUUAUUUCGCUUGUUUCUCUUCCGAUUAGUUUUUACUGGGUUUUAUGAAUGAAACUGACUAUUUUGGUGGAACUAUGACACAAGUGGUGUUACGAGCGCUUGUUUUGGUUAUGCUUUUUGAGUGUUUAGGUGGUGAGAGGAUUGGGAAAAUGUUGCACAACAGACAUCAUAGAGAUAAUACUACAACCAGUGAAGUACCUGACAGUGUGGACGAGUUAUUUUCAAGUAAUGAUAAUAGCCAAAAUCUAAACUAUGGGGCAAAUAGAACAUCUGCAGAUCAGCGAUAUACAGAAUGGUCCGAGUGGUCCCGAUGCGUAGACUGUCUUCAGCGAAGAAUUAAAAGUUGCAUCUCUCCAAACUGCCACAACUCCCGUCUGUUUGAAGAGAGAGAGUGCCACAAGAAACGGUGCAGAAGAAAAAGGAAAAAGAUGAUCCCGGAUUUUCAUAUUGUGCACUUGAAUACGAGCAGCACCUACCUAACCAAGCAAGGUCCCUCGGACAUCUGGAGCAAAUGGACGAGAUGGAGCGAUUGCGCAGACGAUUGCACCACCUACCGAGUAAGACGGUGCAAAAAACCUGGCAGGUGCAAAAAACAAGUGCAAACCUCGACCGCCUACUGCUACCACGAGCGAACGUACUGCGAGGUCUGGGUACUGAAUUUAGUUGAGGCUAAACAGAGAUACAAUUCAGCAGACAGUACAAGGUACCAAUAUACCUACCAUAACAACCAGUAUAUAACAAGAGAAUCUCGUACGCGCUCAGAUAAGUGUGGGGUCACCUUUAGUAAGCCUCAGAUGUUAAAGAUCAUCGGGGGAUCAGAAGCGCAGAAGUACAAGUGGCCUUGGCACGUGGCUAUUUUGAACCAAUACCUAGAGGUGUUCUGCGGUGGUACCUUAAUCGGAUCGAGGUGGGUACUUACGGCGAGCCACUGCAUUAGGAAACAGCUUAGGGUGAGACUGAACGCACACGAUCUGCGCAGUCGUGAUGGUAGUGAUAUUGAGAUGGCUGUGCAUAAGAUGUUUCCACAUCCAAGAUUUGAAAUGACCACAGUAGACAACGACAUCGCCCUGCUAAUGUUGCCCAGACAAGUGAGGACCCCGAUGGCCUGUUUGCCCAAUAGGAAACCGAAAGCUGGUCAACUGUGCACGGUGAUGGGUUGGGGUAAAGUGAGGACGAGCGAUAUGUAUGGGGUGCCAGUUCUACAUGAAGCAAAGUUACCACUAGUUACACACAGAACCUGUAAGAAAGCUUACAAAGAAUUCCUCAUAAGUAGCAAUAUGAUGUGUGCCGGAUGGAAAUCUGGAAAAGCGGACACGUGUGCCGGAGACUCCGGAGGGGGUCUCAUGUGUCCAAUGAAAAAGAGCAAAAAGUUGAUUUAUAGUGUACAAGGAAUUACAAGCUUCGGAGAUGGGUGCGGGGAAGUUAACAAGUUUGGCAUCUACACGGCAGUGUACAACUAUAUCGGUUGGAUCCGUUACGUCAUUAACCACUAUUCCUAGCUUGUAUCUGUGUUAUUUAUUAUAUAAGUUUAGGAAAUUAAUUAAUAGAAGUAUUAAUGGGAAAUGAAAAUAUUGUUAAGUAACCAACUACACACAAAAACCAUAUUCCCUUUUUUAAGAAAGUUCUUUAAAAACUGGAGAAAAGUUUUCUAGUAUGUCCUGGCUAUGUACAUUUAUUUUAUAAGACAACUUUCUGAGGAUAAUAUUAGGAAUUGUUCUGUGCCAGAAUUUUUUUUUAGAUAUAAGUUAGGUAAUUUUUUUUUAAAUUUCAAUCACUGCCAUAUUAUUUUUUUUUGUAAUAAGCUUCUUUGUACGUUUUUUUAUAUUUAUAAGACGAAUAAUGUGGCAACGUCGCUUGCGGUACUUAACCUCCCAACCCUUAAAAACCUGUGAUAGACGUCAUCUAGUGUUGCCAUAUCACGUCGCUUAAGUAGUAGAAUUGUAAGAAAUAAAAUGACUUUUGAGUGU